AUUAAUCCCAUUAGUCAAAGAAAAAACAUAUCACUUGCGAUUUAAAUCUCGAAACAAAGAACCGGGAUUCAUCCGGUUACUUUGCAAAUCUCACCGGUUCCGCAUCUCGGCGGCGUCCUCCCCUGGCUGACACGACUUCUUCAUGUUUCUUCUUCUCCACUUUUCUCGAAUCUUCUUCAAAUCUCCCCAAUAAAAUCUUUAGUCUCCACCCAUCUUCCUUGUUUCCCCUCUAACAUCUUCAACCUCCGUUCUCAGCAAUGUCAUGGUACGGAAGAACCAAACUGGUGUUCGACUCCCUGCGACGGAACCUAAACCCAACUGGGAAGUUUUCUGGGUUCUCCUCAAUCGCUUCCGGCGAAGUAGGGUUACGAUCAUGGACAAACACCAACAGGGUCGCUUACAAUCCGUUUCUGAGUCAAGCCAAGAGAAGCUACUACGUUGAUCGUUACCAAGUUCGUCACUUUAAGCCACGUGGACCCAGAAAGUGGCUCCAAAACCCUAGGGCUGUCUGGACGGUGGUGCUCGUCGGUUCCGGAGUUCUUAUCACUCUCUACUUCGGGAACUUGGAGACUGUUCCUUACACAAAGCGAACACAUUUCGUUCUCUUGUCCAAAUCCAUGGAGAAGCGUAUUGGUGAAUCCCAGUUUGAGCAGAUUAAGAAAACUUACAAAGGGAAAGUCCUCCCUGCAAUCCACCCUGAGAGCAUUAGGGUUAGGUUGAUAGCUAAAGAUGUCAUUGAUGCUUUGCAGAGAGGUUUGAGUCACGAGCAUGUGUGGAGUGAUUUAGGGUAUGGUUCGAUGGAUAGCACUGCGAGGGGUAGUGAUAGGGGAGUGAAGGAGGUGGGUAUGGCUUUGAGUGAAGAUGGUGAAGAGACGUUGAGUGGGAUGAGAUGGUCGAAAGAUGAUCAGAUUCUUGAUGAUAAAUGGAUUCAAGAAAGCAGGAAGAAAGAUACCAAGGGAGAGAGUGCUCAUCUUGAAGGGAUUAAUUGGGAGGUGAUUGUGGUUAACGAGCCUAUGGUUAACGCCUUUUGCUUGCCCGCUGGGAAGAUUGUUGUCUUCACUGGUUUGCUUGAUCAUUUCAAGUCUGAUGCUGAAGUUGCUACUGUCAUCGGGCACGAGGUUGGUCAUGCUGUGGCUAGACAUGUAGCGGAGGGGAUAACAAAGAACUUAUGGUUCGCAAUCCUUCAACUGGUUCUGUAUCAGUUUGUCAUGCCUGAUCUUGUGAACACAAUGUCUGCCCUUUUCUUGAGGCUUCCUUUCUCCAGAAAGAUGGAGAUUGAGGCCGAUUACAUUGGUUUGCUAUUGCUUGCAUCUGCGGGCUACGACCCACGAAUAGCUCCCAAAGUGUAUGAGAAGCUGGGGAAGCUCGGGGGAGAUGUGGCACUUGGGGAAUAUUUAUCGACACAUCCUUCGGGAAAGAAGAGAUCACAGCUUCUGGCUCAGGCCAAUGUGAUGGAAGAAGCACUUAUGAUCUAUAGAGAAGUCCAAUCGGGUCGUGGCAUUGAAGGCUUUCUGUAGUCUUCUAGGCCAUUCAUCUCGCCUGAGUCUCUUUGUACUUUUCACCUUCCCUUUUAUUAUGUUUUAAAAGGAAGAAUAUGUAGUUGGCUUGCAUCAAUUGCACUUUUUUCUUUUGAUCGUUAAUUGUAUUAUAACAUCUAUCUAGGCCCAAUAUAUUAUUGCCAAGUG